AUGACGAGCACACUGAAAGGUAUUACCCUGAAAGGAAGCGCUGAACUUGUGGCCGAGUUUUUCUGUAAGUAUUUGCACCGACUUGGUUUUAUUUUUGCCGUUUUUGCGUUUGAUCAAAAAAAGGAAAGGCAUGCAGCAUGAAUAACAUGGCGAUGAUUGUCUUUGUGGAAGCUAGCUAACAUUGUUUUCAGGUACCACAUCCGCAUUUGUGCACGGCCAUACGUUGUAAAUGUAUUUACUUUAAUCUUAGUUAAUAACAUCGUGUAUUUUGUAACUAAGUUAGCUAGCUAACAUAGCUACUUUUAGUUUUAGCUAACGUUAGCUACCUGUGUGGUUGGCUGUAACGUUAAGCUAACUACGUUGUCUUUCUCCCAGCAUUCGGUAUCAACAGCAUCCUGUACCAGCGAGGGAUCUACCCUCCGGAGACGUUCUCCCGAGUCACCCAGUAUGACAUGAGUCUUCAACUCACUACUGACACCAAGCUGAAGAACUACCUGACCAACGUGGUAUCUCAACUCAAAGGUACAGAAUGAAAUAAACGCAAUUUAAUUGAAUUUAGCACAUGCGCAGAACGUUAUAUGGGGGGGGGGCAGGGGUCAAGGACUGCCAUCUUAUCAGACAGUACAGUGAUCUUAUCUCUGAUCUUAACUCAGAAAACAGUACCCAAUUGUCAUUAUUGAGUAAAAGUAGCGAUACCUUAAUAGAAAAUUAAGUGAAAGUCACCCAGUAAAAUACUGCUUGAGUGAAAGUAUACAAUUAUUUGGUUUUAAAUAUAAUAACGUUUCAAAAGUAUAAGUCAUUUAAAAUUCCGUAUAUUAAGCAAGCCAGACGGCACCAUUUUUUUUUUUCAUUUAGCAGACGCUCUUAUCCAGAGCGACUUACAGGAGCAAUUAGGGUUAAGUGCCUUGCUCAAGGGCACAUCGACAGAUUUUUCACCUAGUCAGCUCGGUGAUUAGAACCAGAGACCUUUCGGUUACUGGCACAACGCUCUUAACCACUAAGCUACCUGCCGUUUUUAUUUAUGGUUAGCCAGGGGUCAACAGCGAUCAUUAAGGCGCGGUCGGCAUUUUGUAAUGCAGCGGCUUGAAGCGGGCGAUCAGAUCAGACAAUUUUGGGAUGAAAAUAUUUGUUUUGUCCCGCAGAUUAUUUGGAAACUGUAGUCUUUCUGCAUUCCUCUCCUCUCUUUGUUCACAUUGGCAGUUUGAAGUGAAUCAAAUCCUAUUUAUUUGGAUAUCCGAUUCGAAUCUGUACUUUUUCCUGCAGUCUGAAUAAAUGUGGCUUGAUAUAAAUCUGAUUCCUGGCCAUGUGAAUUGUCUGAAUGGUCAAACCUGUUUGAUUUGAGAAUCACUGUUUUUAAAACCAUUUUUAAAGGUUAUUUUUGCACAUUGAAAUAGGGCACAACAUUGCUGUGACCAUGGCUGGCAAGUGAGCUGCGUCGUCACAUAUGCCUGAAUUAAUAUUGCGGGACUGCGGUUGGGUUAGGGAUCUGUUCUUGCGGUAGUGGGUUGGAGUCGGACAGAAAGCUGCAGGUGCAGGAUGAAUAAAUCAGUCCUGUCGCAGACCUCUAGCCAGGGGCACACUCCAACCCUCAGACACAUUUACAAACGAAGCAUCUCUACUGCCAGAUCAGAGGCAGUAGGGAUGACUCUUGAUAAGUGUGUGAAUUGGAUACUUUUCCUGACCUACUAAGCAUAAAAAAUAUAACGAGUAAUUUUGGAUGUCAGGGGAAAUGUGUGUAGUAAAAAGUACAUUAUUUUCAUUAGGAAUUCAGUGAAGCAAAACUAAAAGUUGUCAACUAUAAAUAGUCAAGUACAGAUACCCCCCCCCCCCCCCAAUAAAACGACUUAAGUAGUACUUUAAAGUAUUGUUACUUAAGUACUUAUGCCACUGCAUUUAAGAUACAGCACUUGACUUUAUACCUGGCCUUUACUACAGUCGCUUGUGUGGCCAUUAGCCCUAUGUGUUAUUUCUCACAACAGUCAAAUAAGAUGUCAUAUUUCACAACUUGGUGUGUUGAUUUUCUAGCCUGUCUGUGCCACUAGUCUGGACAGGAGUCCAUUGUAAAUGCAGUAUUCAUGCAGAAAUUUGCUGUUCUUUGAUUGGUUCUCAUGCAUUGUUUGGAUUUGUAAAUCCAGCAGUUGUAUUGGAAGGGAGCUGCGCUAGGGGGCUGUGUGCGGUUGGUGUUUGGGUGAUCGAUACAGAGGAGAACCAAUCAAUAAAAAAGCACUUAUGCUUUAUUAUCGAGGCAUCAUGCAGACAUAAAAAUAAGCAUGUUCCAUUUGAUUUCAAUAAUUUUUACCACACCCCUUUUGAUUUGAAUGAAACUUUCCAUACAUACAGUAUUUGCCCAUGGUAGAAGUGGUCCGAAAGUGACUUUUUGGACCUGAAUGCCAAAACAUUCAGGAGAUAGAGGUGCUUAAAGUUGGCCCAUUUUGUAUACCCCAUUCAUAGACGCAAACUACUUUAGUGCUUAUUGACGAUAGUAACUUCUGACCAGGGGAGUUUUGUUAAGACACCCCGACGCUUGCUCUGCUCUAAACAUUAACACGCAAUCGAUUGCGUGUUCUGUUUUGGAAAUGCUUAUCGGCAAGAGGGAAAACAACCAAACUACUACACACCUUUUAUUGAGUUACGGUUAGUGUUCCCACACGGCCAUAUCUCCAUGCUACAGUGCUUGUUUACGGAAGACAGAGGCGGCCACUUGUGCUAAUUAGCUAUCUAGUGUGCUCCGUACACCUGUGUGACCUACUGCCAAAUUCUCUAAAACGAUGUUGGAGGUGGCUUAAGGUAGAGAAAUUAACAUUCAGUUCUCUGGCAACAGCUCUGGUGGACAUCCCUGCAGUCAGCAUGCCAAUUGCACGCAUCUGUGGCAUUGUGUUGUGAUAAAAACUGCAAGUUUUAGUGGUCAUUUAUUGUCCCCAGCACAAGGUGCACCUGUGUAAUGAUCAUUCGAUCAUUGGAUUCGGCUAUUUCAGCCACACCUGUUGCUGACAGGUGUAUACAAUCGAGCACACAGCCAUGCAAUCUCCAUAGACAAACAUUGGCAGUAGAAUGGCCUUAAUGAAGAGCUCAGUGACUUUCAACGUGGCACCGUCAUAGGACGCCACCUUUCCAACAAGUCAGUUCGUCACAUUUCUGCCCUGCUAGAGCUGCUCCGGUCAACUGUAAGUGCUGUUUUAUUAUGAAGUGGAAACGUCUAGGAGCAAAAACUGCUCAGCCGCGAAGUGGAAGGCCACACAAGCUCACAGAACAGUAGUGCUGAAGCACGUAAAAAUCGUCUGUCCUUGAUUGCAACACUCACUACAGAGUUCCAAACUGCCUCUGGAAGCAACGUCAACAUAAGAACUGUUCGUCGGGUGCUUCAUGAAAUGGGUUUCCGUGGCCGAGUAGCCGCACACAAGCCUAAGAUCACCAUGCGCAAUGCCAAGUGUCGGCUGGAGUGGUGUAAAGCUCGCCGCCAUUGGACUCUGGAGCAGUGGAAACGCGCCAAUGCAUAGUGCCAACUGUAAAGUUUGGAGUAGGAAUGAUGGUUCGGGCUAGGCCCCUUAGUUCCACUGAAGGGAAAUCUUGACGCAACAGCAUACAAUGACAUUCUAGACAAUUCUGUGCUUCUAACUUUGUGGCAACAGUUUGGGAAAGGCCCUUUCUUGUUUCAGCAUGACUGUGCCCCUAUGCACAAAGCGAGGUCCAUACAGAAAUGGUUUGUCGAACGGUGUGGAAGAACUUGACUGGCCUGCACAGAGCCCUGACCUCAACCCCAUCGAACACCUUUGGGAUUCAUUGGAACGCUGACUGCGAGCAAGGCUAAUCACCCAACAUCAGUGCCCGACCUCACUAAUGCUAUUGUGGCUGAAUGGAAGCAAGUCCCCGCAACAAUGUUCCAACAUCUAGUGGAAAGCAAAGGGGGGACCACCUCUAUGUAAAUGCCCAUGAUUUUGGAAUGAGACGUUUGAUGAGCAGGUGUCCACAUACUUUUGGUCAUGUAGUGUAUGUAGAUCUCUGGUGUAAAUGGGAAGGUGCAUGCAGCACAGAAGGAGCGAAGGAGACAAGACCAAAAAGACAACGUGAGAAGAAGCAGAUAGAAACGGCAAUAAAAUAAAUAAAUAGAUUAUUGCGAUAGACUUUAGGAAUUUUGGAAUAUUGCUCAAAAACAUGAAUCCAAUUAAUGUAAUAUUGCCCAGCGCUAUUCUAAACUGUAAAACACAGCAUCAAAAUUGUAGUUUACACAGAGCCAAAUGUGGGCGAGUGUAAUGGCUGAAAACCCUACAUCUGGUUUACGCAAAGAUAAUUGACGUUUUUAAGGUAAAAAAAAAAUGGGGGGUUCAUCUAGAAAUUGUUUGACAAUAAUAAUAAUAAUAUGCCAUUUAGCAGACGCUUUUAUCCAAAGCGACUUGCAGUCAUGCGUGCAUACAUUUUUGUGUAUGGGUGGCAAUCCUGUUUGUAAAGUUUUAAAUGAUCUCAAACUCACCCGUUUAAUAUUUUCCAAUGAAGAAGACGGAUGCCUCAUGGUAUCGUGGGGUGUGCAAAAUGGGUCAACGUUGAGCACCUUUAUUUUCUGAACAUUUUGGCGUUUAGGUCCGAAAAGUCAAGUCCACUUCUAUGUAUGGAAAGUUUAACUCAAAUCAAAAGGGGUGCGGUCAAAAAGUGACUCUGAAGUCAGGAAGACUUUGAGUUAUGUGUCAGCCAGACUAUUGGUUUUCCCCAUCUUGAUCAUUGUUUUCCAUUUUCAUUCCCUCAGAGUAUAUCUGUUUUUACUGUAGUUGGGUGUGUAACUUGUGUCUCUGUGUUGCAGAGUGGCUGUUUGACUGCACAGUGCAGAAGCUGGUGCUGGUGAUCACAUGUCUGAAGACCAACGAGGUACUGGAGAGGUGGCAGUUUGACAUUGAGUGUGACAAGAGUGCCAAGGAGAUCAGGUAAUGGAAGAUACUCCAGCAGUGUUCCUGACUACCACACACACACUACACUACUUUGAACAUGGUGGACUAUAUGUAGCCUUCUGGUACUUCUCACCAGGCUACUCGGAACACUGUCAUACUUUGAGAAUGUGGGUACUUUUUAUGACGAGGUAAUCAGUUAAUGCCCUUUGGCUAUUUUGUUGCAUUUGCUAUUUCACCGCUUGCCAAUGUUGACUUUUCCUAUCAUGCAGACCGCUGCAGUUAGGACAAGGUUAAGUCAUGCCAGACCACUUGGUGCAAUAGUAUGGUUUGACAUUGAGAGUAAAUGUGUUGUCUUUUUGUAUCUCUUCUCUCAGUGCUCCCAGGGAGAAAUCCAUCAAGUCCAUCCAGGAUGAGAUUCGCUCAGUCAUCAGACAGAUCACCGCCACUGUCACCUUCCUACCCCUGCUGGAGACUGCCUGUGAGUACCGUGUGUGUGAACCAGUGUUGCCGUUAAUUGGCGGCUUUUGGCCAAUAAAAAGGCAAAGAAACCAAAAUAUUGCCGGGCACAUUGUGUGCCAGAAAAUAUCCUGAUGAAAACAAAUAUCCUAUGUGGGUCUUUCUAGAAAUAAUGAGGCCAAUGUGUGACAUUGGGAUAAAAGUAUUGUGAAACAAAAAAUUAAAUGAUUUUCAUGCAGUUCCACAUGUGUACUUUGAGGAAUAAAAGUGAAUUGACCCAUAACUCCACCUAUACAACAGAAUGGGCCUAGAUCUAUACAUCCUUUAAGCAGGGCUCAUACAGACAUUGGCAAGUCAAAUUCAGGGACUUUUUCAAGCACUUAAUUGUAAUUAUAAGGGAGCAGGAGAACUUAUAAAUUGGCUACAAUAAUUACAAGGACUUUUCAAGCACCAAAUUGAGGAAAUGUCUGAUUUUUGAAGGUAGGCCUAUUCCAGUACUUGAAUUUCUGAGCUUCAAGUUCAAGUAGGCUACAUCAAGCCCCUUGUAUUGUUUAAAAUUGCAAGUGUAACAGGGAAAGCAAAAUGUAUUUGUCAUGUUAUUUCAUUACCACUAGGCUAUGUAAUUUGUCAUUAUAUCCAGAAUAAUUCAUAGGAAUAGCGUUGGGUGUUGUGCAAUAGUCUAUCCUACACAAUUGUGCACAGUGGACUCUCGGUGUCCGAUCCGAGGCACAAAAACAUGAACACAUUACCUUGAUACUUUAUCUGUUAAAUCUAACGAGACCCUGCUGUAAGUCAAGCAGACAACAACAGAUGAUCAACAUCAAUUUGCAAGGGAUAUUAGAUCAAAUGUGGAUCCAGGAACCACUGUCUUCACCAGCGUAAAGAAUGAGACAAAUAUUCUGGACAUUCCUCGCGAACACAUUUUUUCAGAUGCAACAACAGCUGUUCGACACUUGACUGUCAUUCGAGGAAAAAAUCCGUCCUGGAUCAGAUGUGUGAAAAUCUCAGCUGGACACCAAAUGCGCAUCCAACAAGUAUUUUGCAUAAUUAUUGAAGAACCACUUUAAUGACAGUAUCGAUUUAGGUUUUAAGUAUCAAGGUAAGAUGACUAUCGGGUAGAAGCAUUCGUUUUUGCAAUCACAUUUAUUAUUUUUGGAUUUGUGUGCCCAUGAAAACAGCUUUGAGCCCAUAACAUAAGGAGACUAUGUUCCAUAGCUCCCGAGUGGCGCAGUGGUCUAAGGCACUGCAUCGCAGUGCUAGCUGUGCCACUAGAGAUCCUGGUUCGAAUCCAGGCUCUGUCGUAGCCGGCCGCAACCGGGAGACCCAUGGGGCGGCGCACAAUUGUCCCAGUGUCGUCCAGGGGAGGGGAGGGAAUGGCCGGCAGGGGAUGUAGCUCAGUUGGUAGAGCAUGGCGUUUGCAACGCCAGGGUUGUGGGUUCGAUAAAAAUAAUGUAUGUGCUAACUGUAAGUCGCUCUGGAUAAGAGCGUCUGCUAAAUGACUAAAAAUGUAAAUGUAAAAUAGCUGCACUGCGUUUUUCAGAUCGCUAUACAAAAAACUGUCCGACAGCUAGAUCCAGGAUUCUUACAGGGUUCAAAUUCAAUGUCUAAUUUAACUGAUUUAAUGCUGAAAAUAUGUUAUAACGUCAAUUUACUACAUAAAUGCAAGGACAGAAAAGUAAUGUUUUGUCACACGAUUUUGGACAAAUCUGUCUAGACACCAACUAUGAUAAAGGGUUAAACGGGUUUUAAAUAAACGUGUGAAUUUUAUUGGAUAAAGCGAUGACCCUCCCCCUUAUAUCGCAAUGUAAUGACAUAAAAAUUAUAUUUUUAUUUAUUUUUAAAAAAGGCAGAUUAUUAUCAAUGAUUUAUCAACAGCUGUUACUAAACUAAAAAUAAACGUCCUCUCACUGUCAACUGCGUUUAUUUUCAGCAAACUUAACGUGUAAAUAUUUGUAUGAACAUAACAAGAUUCAACAACUGAGACAUAAACUGAACAAGUUCCACAGACAUGGGACUAACAGAAAUUGAAUAAUGUGACCCUGAACAAAAAUAACAGUCAGUAUCUGGUGUGGCCACCAGCUGCAUUAAGUACUGCAGUGCAUCUCCUCCUCAUGGACUGCACCAGAUUUGCCAGUUCUUGCUGUGAGAUGUUACCCCACUCUUCCACCAAGGCACCUGCAAGGUCCUGGACAUUUCUGGGGGUAAUGGCCCUAGCCCCUCACCCUCCGAUCCAACAGGUCCCAGACGUGCUCAAUGGGAUUGAGAUCCGGGCUCUUCGCUGGCCAUGGCAGAACACUGACGAUCAGCCGUCCCUCCUGUCUCCCUGUAGCGCUGUCUUAGGCAUCUCACAGUACGGACAUUGCAAUUUCAUUGCCCUGGCCACAUCUGCAUGCCUCCUUGCAUUAUGCCUAAGGCACAUUCACGCAGAUGAGCAGGGACCAUGGGCAUCUUUCUUUUGGUGUUGUUCAGAGUCAGUAGAAAGGCCUCUUUUAGUGUCCUAAGUUUUCAUAACUGUGACCUUAAUUGCCUACCGUCUGUAAACUGUUAGUCUUAACGACCGUUCUACAGGUUCAUGUUUAUUUAAUUGUGUAUGGUUCACUGAACAAACAUGGGAAACAGUGUUUAAACCCUUUACAAGGAAGAUCUGUGAAGUUAUUUGGAUUUUUACGAAUUAUCUUUGAAAGACAGGGUCCUGAAAAACUGACGUUUCUUUUUUUACUGGGUUUAGUUGUCCAGUGUAGGAAAUCCUCACUGGGUUAUAGAAAGAUCCGUAUACAUCACUUUAGCUAUGCAUGGAGGUUGGUUCAAGUUCUCUUUCAGUCACAUCUCUCUACUGUCUGUCACGCAGUGAAGUUUUCUGGUAUUUUAUGUUUUGCUAGAUUAUUCUCCCUAAAGAGAAAUUACAGAAAUGUCAUGCAAAUCCACCAAUGAGGAUUAUUUAGAUUAAACUAUUUUUCUUCCCCCUCUAAUGCCUGGUCAAGUAGUUACCUUAAAAAUGAUAAGAACCGUGAAAAUUAAGUAAGUUAACUAACUACUGGAGGCACAUACAAGAGGCAAAAUAAAUCGAUCGAGAAUAUUGACAUGGCAGAUCGGCAGAGGGAGACGUGCAUUGUGCAAAGAGCCAAUGUUUACUUAGUAGGCUAUCAUUCCUAUUUGCAUAAUUAUUGCAGUCACUUCCAUGUGGUGUUAAUGGCAUUGGGCACUCCCCCCUCCCCCUAAAAAAAGCAUUACCCUAUACGUGACGGCAUUAAAAUGGGUUUCUUUUUUAUGGCUGGUUUACUCUAGCCGGACAUUUGACAACGCUGCCUGGUGCGCCUUGAUAACCCUUGACCUUUCUCCCCAGGUGCCUUUGACCUCCUCGUCUACACUGACAAGGACCUGGAAGUGCCGGACAAGUGGGAGGAGUCGGGCCCCCAGAUCAUUGACCAGUCGGAGGAGGUUCGCCUGCGCUCCUUCACCACCUCUAUCCACAAGGUCAAUAGCAUGGUGGCCUACAAGAGGACCGACUCAGCCUAG